GGAAGUUUUCGUCUUACUUAUUUUUUUUGGGCAAAGUUUUAUAGUAACUCAAAUUGUAAUCCUAGUUAUUUCCUAAAAGGUUAAACUUACAAACUGCAUGCAUAGUGUAGAGGUGAUAAAACCAAAAUGGAUGUUUCAAAUGAGUUUAUUGACAACCUUGUGAAAAAUAUACAGUUGUUGUGUCACAAACAUGUUCCUUUUAAUGAUAAUUUAGAAAUUAUUGGACAUUUGUACCUAAAUGUUGACGGCAGUGAACGAUUGAAUUAUAUUGUAAAUGAGAGAUGUAGAAAGACAAAUCAUUCUUUAAUUUUUACUAGCAACAGUUAUCAUGCUCCACCAGGCAAUACCAGACCCGUUUCAAAAGAAAAGAUUAGAAAGUCACCAAAAAAGCAUAAAAUAUCUCCCAAUAAAGAAAUUGAAAAUCCAUGUAAAGUUCGAAGGUUAACUAGAUCAUUAAGUCAUGAAGACGCUGCUUCCUGUGUAGAUGAUUCAUUGAAUGUGUCGUUUGAUAUUCCAAACGAAGAACAGGGGGGAGUUAUUGAGAAAUCAGCUUUAGAAAAUUUCAUAAUAAUUGGACCUUCUACUGAAACAAAUUACAUACACAAAGAAAUUGACAAAUCAUUAGAAGCAGUUGAUGAUAGAUCGUUAGAAAAUGAUUCUCAUGAAGUACCAGAACUAUCUACACCAGCACCACUAGAAUUGGAUUCCAUUAAAACAGAAGAACUAUAUCUUCAGCAGAGUGAAGAUACGGCAGAGGAAUUAAUAUUAUGCUCAGAAGUAUUGAAAGUGGAGGAGGAUAGUGAUCAAGAACUGAGGUUUGAUUCACAAGAUGAUAAUAUUGACUAUACAAUAGUUGAAAUGGGUACAAAAAAAGGUAGAUCAAUGCUUGUUGAUAGUAUCGGAUAUAGUUAUAGUGUUAGGAGAAGAACAGAUAAAUCUAUUCAAUGGACGUGUACAAUACGAAAUAAGUCUAUAAAAUGUGCUGCAUCAGUUGUACAGAUAGGAGAAUCAUUUACGCCGGGACCCAAUCCUCAUACUCAUGAACCCAAACCAGGACUGUUAACUUCUACUUUAAUCACUGCUGAGGCAAGAGCUCAAGCUAACAAUGAUUUCUUUACACCAACUAAUGAAGUAGUAGAAAGAGCUAUGACGGUCAAAGGGGGAGAAGAUGACUCAUUUUUACCGAAACAGUGUAAUUUAAAAAGAAUGAUAAACAGAUAUAGACAAUUAAAACGCGUUUCUUUAUUUCCAGUGAAUUCUUCGUGAUUACUGUUGUGCUUUAUAACACAUAAAACAAACUGGUACAUCAAACAGAGCAGAGUGAAUAUGUUUUGUGCUAAUGAAGUCAAACAGAUAAUUUUGGAAACUUUUGUGUAUCAACAUGUAUUACAAUAUUUCACUUAUUGAGAAAAAUAUUAAAGGAGAAACCCUAAUUUUUGUCAAUUCUACAAAUCAGAUGAAAGUUUAUGUGUUCCCUAGAAACAGUUGUUGUUAUUUGUAUUUUAGAGGAGAGCCGAAAAAAGUUCCCCUUAAUUAACAAAUUAGAAAAAAUGGUCCCCUAAAAAAGCUCUCCCAGUUUUGAUAAGAAAAGUGAUUUAGAAAUUAAGGAGAGUGAACUGAAAUUAAGGAGAGUGAUUAGUUGUGUGUAUGGGAAAUGGUUCUGAAGAUCAAUAACUGCAUGUUAGGGGUUCAUUCCUGGAUUCAUAAAUGAUAAUAAACCCCCCAUGACUUUGUAAAGGAGAGUGAUUUUCAAUUUUAAGGAGUGGGAGAAAAAGCUCCCCCCCCCCCCGGUCGACAUUCAGGUGAGCGGCUGGCACUUGAGAGCGAUCACUCGCCGUAAAAACAAAGACUGCUAGAAAAAAGAAAACCUUGUCUACGAUAUAUGAUCAAAAAUAUUGAAAAAGGCUAAAAAUAUUUUAAAGAAUGUAGUUUGCUUUAUUUGUGAAAUCAAAACUUUUAUCUUUCGUGUUAUGACUAUGUCAUUAAAAAGGUAUUUUAGCCUA